CGUUAAUCUGAGACCACGUAUGAAGCUGAUUACCUGCUGAGUGGACGCAGUUCACUCACACUUCAGUAGCCACACAACCUGUCGCGGUAUCGACCGCCUGCGCCCGCGUGUUUCCAUUUUAUUACGUAGUAUAUAACAAGUCGGCAAAUGGGCUAUUGUUAAAAUGAAAACCUCUAUUUCCCGGUGACUGCACUUGCGUAAGUAACUAAAGGUUAUAGACGACCGAUCAGUGCUUAGUGUAAACAUCAAAAAUGCCUUAUAUCAUGGUAAUGGGAAGUCUGAGCGCACCGCACCUCUCAAAGGAUGAAGGCGCUACUGUAUAUGGACUCAAAAGUGAAGAACGAGCCACCUUAGUGCGGGAACUGAAUUCUUCAUUUGGGAUGUCAAUCGCAACAUCGUCAGAUCAAGAGAGAACGGUGCGAGUUACGCAAAAGGGGUUGACUUUGGUCGUAGUCAACCGCCUCCACGGACUGUUCGGCUACGAUGUCGUUUCGCAUGCUAUGGCGAUGACAAACGCCAACCGUGAGCUGAUAUCCUUCAGUAUGUACAAGAAGUCUGGUGGUAGUGGACAUGGGCACAGCCACCUUCACGGACACACGAGCUCGCAUAAAGUACACCCGCACGGCAACGUGGUCACACUUUAACAAAUUGUGACCACUGAACACCGUUAGCGAACUCUCGUGCGACACAAGCUACACAUUUAUGGCUUUGGGAUAUUAUGUGCUAAUACAGGCAGUGAUACCAUAAAAACGUUGAAUAAUUGCAAUGUGAUAUACAUUCAUGUAUCAAGAGUAUACCAUAUGUAUGAAAUUAAUUAAAUCAUUUUUCUCUCAAAAAAGUA